AACCAAUCGGGCGCCAUCUUGUCUUGUUCGUGAAGAAGUAGAAGCAUCGAAAGGUUUGGAGAGGUAUUACAGGAACGGUGGCGACAACGGUGUUCCGGAAUCAGAGUGAGUAAGUGGUGGAGAACAAUUACGCGUGGGGACUUGGCAGGCCAUUACAGCCUUCUUGGCUUCUGUGGCGAAGCUAGCAUAACUUAAACACGUAGGCUGCGUACGCUGCUUGGCGCGACCGCUGGAACCUCAUCUCCUUAAAGCGGCGGUGUCCGCCCGACUUGGGCAUAAGUAAUCUUGCUGCUAUGCUUCCAAGCUGUAGUCUGAAUCAACCUAAAUUUUAAACGGAAGGUGAACCUCUGAGGUAGAAAAUCAAAUAUAUUUUAAAAGUCAGGAUGUGGGAUCAAGGAGGACAGCCUUGGCAGCAAUGGCCCUUGAACCAGCAACAGUGGAUGCAGUCCUUCCAGCACCAGCAGGAUCCAAGCCAGAUUGACUGGGCUGCAUUGGCUCAAGCUUGGAUUGCCCAAAGAGAAGCUUCAGGGCAGCAAAGUAUGGUAGAACAACCACCAGGAAUGAUGCCAAAUGGACAAGAUAUGUCUACAAUGGAAUCUGGUCCAAACAAUCAUGGGAAUUUUCAAGGGGAUUCAAACUUUAACAGAAUGUGGCAACCAGAAUGGGGAAUGCAUCAGCAGCCCCCACACCCCCCUCCAGAUCAGCCAUGGAUGCCACCAACACCAGGCCCAAUGGACAUUGUUCCUCCUUCCGAAGACAGCAACAGUCAGGACAGUGGGGAAUUUGCCCCUGACAACAGGCAUAUAUUUAACCAGAACAAUCACAACUUUGGUGGACCACCCGAUAAUUUUGCAGUGGGGCCAGUGAACCAGUUUGACUAUCAGCAUGGGGCUGCUUUUGGUCCACCGCAAGGUGGAUUUCAUCCUCCUUAUUGGCAACCAGGACCUCCAGGACCUCCAGCACCUCCCCAGAAUCGAAGAGAAAGGCCAUCAUCAUUCAGGGAUCGGCAGCGAUCACCUAUUGCACUUCCUGUGAAGCAGGAGCCUCCACAAAUUGAUGCAGUAAAACGCAGGACUCUUCCAGCUUGGAUUCGAGAAGGCCUUGAAAAAAUGGAACGUGAAAAGCAGAAGAAAUUGGAGAAAGAAAGAAUGGAGCAACAACGUUCACAAUUGUCCAAAAAAGAAAAGAAGGCCACAGAAGAUGCUGAAGGAGGGGAUGGCCCUCGCUUACCUCAGAGAAGUAAAUUUGAUAGUGAUGAGGAAGAUGAAGACACUGAAAAUGUUGAGGCUGCUAGUAGUGGAAAAGUCACCAGAAGUCCAUCUCCAGUUCCUCAGGACGAGCACAGUGAACCAGAGAUGACUGAAGAAGAGAAAGAGUAUCAAAUGAUGUUGCUGACAAAAAUGCUUCUAACCGAAAUUCUACUGGAUGUCACAGAUGAAGAAAUUUAUUAUGUAGCCAAAGAUGCACACCGGAAAGCAACGAAAGCUCCUGCAAAACAGCUGGCACAGUCCAGUGCACUGGCUUCCCUCACUGGACUCGGUGGACUGGGUGGUUAUGGAUCAGGAGACAGUGAAGAUGAGAGGAGUGACAGAGGCUCUGAGUCAUCUGACACUGAUGAUGAGGAAUUACGGCACCGAAUCCGGCAAAAACAGGAAGCUUUUUGGAGAAAAGAAAAGGAACAGCAGCUAUUACAUGAUAAACAGAUGGAAGAAGAAAAGCAGCAAACAGAAAGGGUUACAAAAGAGAUGAAUGAAUUUAUCCAUAAAGAGCAAAAUAGUUUAUCACUACUAGAAGCAAGAGAAGCAGAUGGUGAUGUGGUUAAUGAAAAGAAAAGAACUCCAAAUGAAACUACGUCAGUUUUAGAACCAAAAAAAGAGCAUAAAGAAAAAGAGAAACAAGGAAGAAGUAGAUCAGGAAGUUCUAGUAGUGGUAGUUCCAGUAGCAAUAGCAGAACGAGUAGUACUAGUAGUACUGUCUCUAGCUCUUCAUACAGUUCUAGCUCAGGUAGUAGUCGUACUUCUUCCCGAUCUUCUUCUCCUAAAAGGAAAAAAAGACAUAGUAGGAGUAGAUCUCCAACAAUUAAAGCUAGACGGAGUAGAAGUAGAAGUUACUCUCGCAGAAUUAAAAUAGAGAGCAAUAGGGCUAGAGUAAAGAUUAGAGAUAGGAGGAGAUCUAAUAGGAAUAGCAUUGAAAGAGAAAGACGAAGAAAUCGGAGUCCUUCUCGAGAGAGACGUAGAAGUAGAAGUCGCUCAAGGGAUAGGCGAACCAAUCGGUCCAGUCGCAGUAGGAGUCGAGAUAGGCGUAAAAUUGAUGAUCAACGUGGAAGUCUUAGUGGGAGCAGUCAUAAGCAUAAAGGUGAGGCUAAAGAACAAGAGAGAAAAAAGGAGAGGAGCCGAAGUAUAGAUAAAGAUAGGAAAAAGAAAGACAAAGAAAGGGAACGUGAGCAGGAUAAAAGAAAAGAGAAACAAAAAAGAGAAGAAAAAGAUUUUAAGUUCAGUAGUCAGGAUGAUAGGUUAAAAAGGAAACGAGAAAGUGAAAGAACAUUCUCUAGGAGUGGUUCUAUAUCUGUUAAAAUUAUCAGACAUGAUUCUAGACAGGAUAGUAAGAAAAGUACUACCAAAGAUAGCAAAAAACAUUCAGGCUCUGAUUCUAGUGGAAGGAGCAGUUCUGAAUCUCCAGGAAGUAGCAAAGAAAAGAAGGCUAAGAAGCCUAAACAUAGUCGAUCGCGAUCCAUGGAGAAAUCUCAAAGGUCUGGUAAGAAGGCAAGCCGCAAACACAAGUCUAAGUCCCGAUCAAGAUCAACAACCCCUCCCCGUCGUAAACGCUGAGGAAUGAUGUGGCAAGAAUGCCAUGAUGUUUAAAAAAUUCCAUGAGUUUUAAGGGCUUGUCUCAUUAUAGAGGCACAUUGUGGCUGUGUAGGUGAAACCAGAAUCUUUUUUUUUUUUUUAAUCUGUAAAUAGGUGUACUUUUUCCAAAUGCUGCUCCAAGUUACUUAAUAGGAUUUCUUUGUAUUACAUUUUUUUCAAAAAAUAGUGCUUAAUAAGACUAUAAACAUGCCAUUCUCUUUCAGCUGUAAUGUUCUUAAAAUUAUUCUUGAAUGUACUGUGAUGUCAAUAAAGCUCUUCAGUUCAUUUUUGUUAACCUCUUGCACCUUAAUUUUAUGAUUUUAAUCUAAGGAACGUACUUUUAUAAAAAGGCAGCUGGAAUUUUGUAUAACAGGUUUUAAAGGUACUUCCUCUCAUCUUCCCCAAAGAAAAUGGUUUUAACUUAAUAGUUUGUCAAAGUUUGUAAAUUGUACCCAUGGAUUUUUGUCAAAUUCCAACUUCAAGGGUGUGGAAGAGGGCCAAAAAUAGACCUUUACUUUUCAUUUGGAAACAUUUGACAGCUUUCUAAACUUUUUUUUCCUAUUUUGAGGAUUUUCGAGUAAUAUAUUCUCUGUGUAUAAAGUAUGGUUUACUUCUGUACAGUGAAAUUGCUGGAAUCAAUCAAGCCAGUGCACCAUUAGAGUCAUUUAUAAGGAACAGUUGUGUUUGACACUAAUAGUCAAGUCUGGAAUUCUAUUCUGCAGUUAUCCACUUCUGUUUUAGAAGCAUAUUUCAAACACUGGGAAUAUUACAGAAAUAAGACUCACAAUUCAGUGUAUUUAUUUAUAUUUUUAAAGUAUAAUAUGACCUCAACUCAGUGGAAGAAUGCUAUAUUAUGCAGGUUUGUGUCAAUUUCAUGACAUUAAAAUGGUCUGGUUUUGUCACUUUCUUAACAAUUAUGAUCAGUGAGUGGUCUAGCUAUUUAAGGCAGUCAUAACUUAUAAGUAAAAUGAGGCUCUGCAGGCAUUUAAAUUAAGCUCAGCUGCUUUCAGGGUCUGUUUUUGUGUGAUUAUUGUCUUAUGCCACAAUCAGAUACAUCUCUGAAAACAAAUGCUUUUAAAUUUUAAUUUAAAAAGGAAAAAAGCAGGUGCAGGUCACGGAAAAGUUUUAAAGUAUGCCUUCUUACCAGCAAUAGUUCAUUUUAAAAUAAGCCAGAUUUUUGCCAAGAUCAGUGUUUCUUCAAAAUGAAGGUAGAAAUAGAUUUGUAAGUGUGCUCUUGUACCUCUACAUAGGUUCCUAAAUAAUUUUGAACAGUUACGCAUUUAUCUAGAGGAAAUAAAUCAACUGUGAAUAAAUGCAUGUUUACCAAAAUGGUUGUUUUACAGUGCAUUUAGUUCUGAUAUUUAUAAAGUUGAUAUUCACAGAAUAACUUUUAAAUAGUUUGGAAUUCUAUAUAGUUUAGACAUCAGUCACGUGGAGACAAAAUGAAAAUGUGCAAUAUUUUUUAUGUAGGUGAGCUAACACAGUGUACCUAAUUGCAGAAUUAUCAGAUUAAUUUGUAAUAGAUAAGUUGUAUAACAUUUUCAUAUCUUAAAAUGUUUUUUAGAUCAAUCUUCAGGUUAAAAUAAUAUUUUCAAAAUAAAAUUCUACAGAAAAGUUCUGUUGGCUAUGAUAUGCACAUUUUUGGGCAAGACAAAUGACAAGAGCCAAAAAUAAUAUUUGACAGUUUUAUUUACUCUUCCAUAAUAUGCAAGCUUCUUAUCAUUUAAAUCUGUAGAUAUUUUUUAAAACACAGUCAUGAUAUAUGUGAUUAUUAGUAGAUACAUCAGUGUUAUAAUUAGAUAUUUGGGUUUUUUAGGUUUUAUGGAUAAUUUAGAGAAUUCAUCAUUUCACUGACAUGUAAUUAAGUAUGUUUACCUUAGUGGUAAGAUUUUAUAAAAUAGGGCUUCCAUGAUUUGGGAUGUGAAUGCUAACAUACAUAAGUUAACUAGAUACAUAAUUUGGUUAUGAAAUCUUCUAAAAUGACACCACCAGAAAAUCAGUAGAUUCAAUUUUUGAGACAAUCAUUGGUCUGAAUUGGUUAAUAAAACUGUCUUUGGGUUCUCUUUUAAAAUAUUUCUAGUGUAUUAAUCAUACUUGUUUUUGUGCAGUGGGGGUAAACCACACCAUUAAGAGAAUAAAAUGUAAUUUGGAAGAGGUAAUUAUAAGAUUUGUUUAAUGAAGGCCCCAAAAUAUAAAUAAAGACUGGUGUGGAAUCUCAGUGUAUAUGUUUUCUGCCAUUGUAAAAUGUCUUUUUUUAGCAUCUGUUUUGAAUGGUAUAAUACACAAUAGGUGAGCUUCCCAAACGUCUAUUUUUUUUAGUGUCUAAGCUAUUAUUUCUUUAAGGAAACACAUGAAGUAUAAUUAAUUAGUAGGGUGAGGUUUUUUAUUUUAUGUGAGAAUUUUUACAGAGGAAUUGUAUAAGGUUCAAGUUCCUGUAAUACUGUCUUAUGGAAACCUUUACAUUUAAAUGCAGUUUUUCUUAUAUACAUUAAAGUCUAUUUUCAUUUAU